AUGCGUUUUUCGAUUAUUGCCAGUGUUCUCUUGAUCGCCUCUAGCGUCUCUGCCGGUCCUGUCUGGUCCAACCCAUCCUCCUCAAACUUGGCCCCACUUUAUGUGUCCAAUGAAGCAGAGACAGUAUCAGAUUCAUACAUUGUCGUUCUCAAGGAUCAUUUAACUGCAAACCACGUCGAACAACAUGCAAACUGGCUCCAGUCCAUGGUCAAGACCAAGGAUCGUGAUCUGUGGCUUAAUGAAGACCGUCAAUCAAACACUAUCCGCCAUGUGUAUGAGACCCCAUCUAUCAGAGGAUAUUCUGGUACCUUUGACAACCACAUUCUCCACCAGAUUCGUCAAUCAGAUGAUGUCGCAUUUGUUGAAAGAGAUUCGAUGGUCUACGCAAGUGAGCUCCAGCGCGAUGCCCCCUGGGGUCUUGCCAGAGUUAGUCACAGAGAAGGACUGACCUUAGAAAACAAAUCAACAUAUGACUAUUCCAGCCAAGGUGGCGAAGGCAUCAAGGUCUACGUAAUUGAUACCGGUAUCAAUGUCGACCAUGCCGACUUUGAAGGCCGUGCAACCUGGGGAAAAACUGUCCCACGCGGUGAUCCUAAUGCAGAUGGAAAUGGCCAUGGUUCUCACUGUGCUGGAACUAUUGCAGGAAAGCGUUUUGGUGUCGCCAAGAAGGCUGAGCCUGUUGCUGUAAAGGUACUCCGAUCUAAUGGCUCCGGUACCAUGAGCGAUGUCAUUAGUGGUGUUGACUGGGCUACAGGCGAACAUAUCAAAGCAGGAACUGCGGCAAAGAAGGCCGGAAAGACAUUCAAGGGUUCCGCUGCCAAUAUGAGUCUUGGUGGUGGUCGCUCUCCAUCUUUGGACCGAUUCGUUAAUGCUGCGGUCGAGGAAGGUAUUGUAUUUGCUGUUGCCGCUGGUAACGAUAACAGUGAUGCAUGCGACUACUCGCCUGCUGCAGCAGAGCUUGCCAUCACAGUUGGCGCAUCUACACUUUACGAUGAUCGUGCCUAUUUCUCAAACUACGGUCCUUGUGUUGAUGUCUUUGCACCCGGAAUGAACAUAUUGUCUGUAUGGAAGGGCGGUAAGAAUGCUGUCAAUACCAUCUCGGGUACUUCCAUGGCAUCCCCUCAUGUGGCAGGUCUGGCUGCCUACUUCCUCAGUCUCGAGGAAGGACCUGUGACCCCCAAGGAAAUUAAAGACAAGAUUCUCCAGUUGGCUACCAAGGAUGCCUUAUCUAAGAUCCCCAAGGACACACCCAACCUUUUGAUUUACAACAACUACAAGCCUGAUGAGUUCACCACCCAAGGUCUCAAGGCAAUCUUGGGCGAUAUCUAA